AAAAAAAUCUUUACCUGGUAACCUACCCUCUUCAAAGUCUUGCCUCUCCAUUCAGAUAUCUUUCUUUUCCUUGAUCUCUCUCAAACCCUAAAUCUUAACUGUAGUGUCCCUGCAACUCUGAUGGCUUCCUGCUUAGGGUGUUGUUUUGGAAACACGAGUACUGAUAAACAUGGCAGCACUGACAAAAAAGAUGGUGGAUCUACAUUACCGGCACUCCAACCAGUGACAUCACCUCACCACUCACCAGUUAUGGAUCAGAUUGAAUCUAGCUCUGUAGUUCAGCAUCAAGAGAAUCAAGAUGGUGGAUCUACAUUACCAGCACUCCAACCAGUGUCAUCACCUCACCACUCACCAGUUAUAGAUCAGAUUGAAUCUAGCUCUGCAGUUCAGGAUCAAGAGAAUCAAGACGGUGGAUCUAUGUUACUUACACCCCAACCAACUCCACCACCUCACGUCUCACCGGUUAUACAUCCGAUUGAAUCUAGCUCAGUAGUUCAUGAUCAGGAGAAUCAAGGUCAUGCUUCUACCUCUGAGAACCAUCAAGCGUAUAAGCUGAAGAAAUAUAACUUUGAACAACUAGCAGCGGCUACUGGUCAUUUCUCCAACAACUUUCUACUUGGCGAGGGUUCUUUUGGUCAAGUCUACGAGGGAGAGCUAGAUGGUAAAAUCGUAGCUAUCAAAAAACUUAAAAGAACACUACAGGAACAGCAUGAAAAGCCCCAAAAAAAUUUGGAGGAGAUUGAGCUCCUUAGAAAUGUCAGUCAUCCACAUAUUGUUAAGCUGGAAGGGUACUGCAAUGAACAAGCUAAUAAAUUGCUUGUUUUAGAAUAUGUUCCCAAUAAGUCCUUGAAUUUUCAUUUGCAUGAAGGAAAGGAGCUUUUGGCGUGGGACAACAGAAUGAAAAUUGCAAUCGGCUCUGCUAAAGGGAUUCAAUAUCUACAUGAAGGCUGUGAUCCUAAAAUCAUACACCGAGAUAUCAAGUCUGCGAAUAUACUCGUUGACAAUGAAUUCCAGUCAAAGGUAGCAGAUUUCUCACUCGCCAUAUUUUUGCCGAUUUCUGAUGAUAUUACUCACAUCAGUAGUAGUAUGAUGAAGGGAACUAACGUUUAUGCAGAUCCAGAGCAUUCUCCUUUCCAAAAAGUUUCUGAGAAGUCAGAUAUUUAUUCUUUUGGUGUUGUACUUUUAGAACUAAUUACCGGGAAAAAGCCUUCUGCGACAAAUUUUAACAUCAUUGAAUGGGUAAGAACCCGAAUUGAAUCAGCUUUGAGCAAGGGAAAAUAUGAAGAUCUUGUUGAUUCCAAAUUAACAAGUUAUCCAGCAGAAGAAAUGAAACGCAUGAUUUAUUGUGCUAUAGCUUCUAUAUUUAAACCUUCAAAGUUUCGUCCAAAAAUGAAAGAGAUCAUUGAAGUUCUUGAAGGGACUAUACCUCCGGAGCAGAUAUGGGAUUGGGAAGAUAAUAAAUUCUUACACAGUACUAAAAAAGAUAACCCUAAGGCUAACGGAUCUCAUCAUGAAGACCAUCUCCAGCAUAUGGUGCAGAAACCUCUUGUCCCUUCGGAAGCUAAUGAUGGCAUUAAGCCGAGGGAAUUCACCGACCAAGAACAUACAGCGGCAGCUAAUGGUUCCCCCAUCGACAUUCGAGAAACUCCAUCUAAUGGCACUGACAAUUUUCAAGAUUAUCAACCGAGGGAAAUUACUUAUAAAGAACUAAUUACAGCCACUGAUGGUUUCUCUCUCGACAAUUUUCUUGGUGAGGGUCGUUCUGGUCAAGUGUACAAGGGAUGCCUAAAUGGUGAAGCGGUAACAGUUAAGAGAUUUAAAUAUAAGCCUGGAGAGCAAGAAGAUGAAUACAAGAAGAUUAAAGCCAUUAGUAGUAGUGUCCAUCAUGAAAAUCUAGUUAACCUGAUUCGAUACUGCAAUGAAGGAGCAAAUAGACUGCUUGUUUAUGAGUUUGUUCCCGAGGAAAAAACCUAUGGUUCUUAUUUUCGAGGUAUGCCUUACCUUUGCCACAACUAGGACAUUUUAUUUGCA